AUGUCAAGCAUAAUACUUCCAGGGGACAGCCUACCGUCAGACUCCAAUGUCACCUCAACCAAGAUCGGACCGGGCAUCUACAAAUACCCGCGCACCCAAACCCUCAUCCCGUCGGCCGCGGGCAUCUUGCAAUCGCCCAACCCGGACCUCAUCUACAUCGAAUCCAACACCAAGCGAUACGUCCCGCGCGCGCACGAUUACGUCGUGGGCACCAUCGUGGGCUCGAUAGGCGAAUAUUACAAAGUUCAGCUCCAGCUGUUCUCUCCCCCUGUCAUGCUUCCGUUUUUGGGGUUUGCUAACGCCACGAAGAAGAACCGGCCGAACUUGAAAGUGGGGCAGGUGGUGUAUGCGCGCGUUGUGCUGAGUGAUGAGGUUGAGUGUGAAGUCGUGUGUUAUGAUGCGGGGAAUGCGCGGGAUGCUGGUGGAUUUGGUGUUUUGGAUGAGUCUGGGCUUGUGGUUGAUGUCGAGUUGAAUUUCGCGCGCGAGUUGUUGUAUAAUGCGCUGCUGGAGGUGUUGGCGUUGUUGAGUCGGAAGGUGCAGUUUGAAGUUGCCGUGGGGAUCAAUGGGCGCGUGUGGAUUAAGUGUGGCGAUGGCGUUGGUGGUGGUGGAGAACAGGGGGAUAAAGUUGGUGAGGGAGAAGAUGGAGAGGAGCAAGGGGAAAGUGAUAGGGGGAGAAGUUUGAAGAAUUUGAAGGAUACGCUUGCUGCUGUUCGAUAUUUGAAAAUGUGCCAAAGUCGUCAACCUCUGGAGUUUGAGCUGGCUUUGAAGGAUGCUUUCAAAGGCGUAUAG